CGCUAUGAGAGCGCGGGUCGGGUCCUGGGGUUGUUCGGGGACGCCCCGUCAUGUCGAGAAGGCUGCGAGUCUCCAGGCCCCGCUGCUUCGGCAGCCACGUUCACGUCCUGUGCUGCGUCAUCGCCGAUUGUCCCCGUUUUUGAGCCAUCCGUAGCCGUUCUGGCUCCGAAUACAUUUGUCUUGCGCCUUCUUCACGGUGCCGAACAGGGAGCAUGCAGCGUUCUGUCUGGACGCUUGGAGUCAUGCCACGUGAUGAUGUCUGGGGCGAGGCCGCGGACGAGGAGAGCCUACUUGAACCCAGGAGACAGAACUUUCGAGGGCGUACGUUCAGACCCCCGAUCUCGAUGAUGUUCGUCGCUCUGUUUCUAGUGGUGGCCUCUGUAACUGUCAUGAGGAUUUGCCUCGGAGGGCACCGCCAUGUGCACAUUGAUGCUAUCAUCGUCAAGGCUGCGGCAAGCUCAAGCCAGACAUGUGAGGGCUACGAUGCAACUGCAGGUUGCGACUGGACUCUGGAGUGGAGUUGCCCCGGACAGAGGCGAGGGACCUCUGGAGUUGCUGGGGAGGAGGACGCUGACUCUCUGGGAUACAAGUGUUGCUGCGGGGCAGAAUUGUGGAGACAGAUGCCAACCAAUUCUUCAAGCACUUCAAACGUUCGCUUGUUCUGCUUCAGUCUGAUGUGGACCUCUGGUGACGAACCUGAUUUGCUGAAGUUCCAAGUUGAGCAUGGAGCAAGUAUCUUCGCAUGCGAUUUCACGUCCGUUUACAAUGGUGGGUCUGACAGCGUUGACUUAGGCAAGGGCCCAAAUGGUCAAGUGAUGACGAAGUGUAUUUCCGACAUGCCCCUGCCCCAUGAGAAGGGAACGUACGGUGCAGUCGUGGAUGGAAUCACACAGACCACCAGUUCUUGGCUGAGUGUUCCCACUUGGCUCCGGAUCUGGGAAGAGGUUCGUGACGAAGGUUUUUACAAACAAGCUGAUUGGACUGUCAAGGUUGAUCCCGACGCUGUAUUUCUUCCCGAGCGUCUUCGUCAGCACUUGCUGCCAUAUAGCUCUGCAAAGCCCCUGUACAUUCAUAAUCAGAAUUGCUUUGCCGAUGAAUUUCACUUUUCUGGUUCAUUAGAAGCCCUGUCCCGUGGCGCGAUGGACACUUACAUGGACGGUUACCCACGGUGCAAGGACGAAUUGCCGUGGCAAGGCUGGAGCGAAGAUUACUACAUGGAGUACUGCUUGGACCUCCUGCAGGUCAACCACGAGGACGAUUUCGAAGUGUUGAGCGAUCAGUUUGGCUGUAGGUUCAGUGCCCCGGGCUGCACUGAGGACAACUGGGCAGCCUUCCACCCCUUCAAAGAUGUGAAGACGUACUCCGAGUGCUACGCGAAUGCGAUGCAGGCAGCGGGCGCGGCGCCCGCGACGGCUGCGCCGGCACAGCCGCCUCAGCAGGCGCUCACGGCGGCGGCCUCCGCGGAACCGCCGCCGAGCGCACCGCCGCCGCCGAAGCCGGCAGCGGCGCAGGAGGCGUCUCCACCGCCCGAGGGGCUGCCCGAGGGGCCUUCCCCGCAGUCAGCGGGUGAGCAGCCUCCACCGCCUGUGGCCGAGGCGGCGGGCGAAGACGCCGCGGUGGUCCCCGAGCAGGCGGUGCAGGGCUUCAAGCAGCCGCCCGCUGCGGCUGCUGAAGAUGCGGGGGUGGUCCCUGAUCAGGCGGUGCAAGCCUUCCAGCAGCCGCCCGAGGCGGCGGACGGAGACGCCGCGGUGGUCCCAGAGCAGGCGGUGCAAGGCUUCAAGCAGCCACCAGCUGCGGCAGGGGAAGAUGCGGGGGUGGUCCCCGAUCAGGCGGUGCAAGCCUUCCAGCAGCCGCCCGAGGCGGCGGACGGAGACGCCGCGGUGGUCCCAGAGCAGGCGGUGCAAGGCUUCAAGCAGCCACCGGCUGCGGCAGGGGAAGAUGCGGGGGUGGUCCCCGAUCAGGCGGUGCAAGCCUUCCAGCAGCCGCCCGAGGCGGCGGGCGAAGACGCCGCGGUUGUCCCAGAGCAGGCAGUGCAAGCCUUCAAGCAGCCGCCCUCUGCGGCAGGCGAAGAUGCGGGGGUGGUUCUUGAUCAGGCGGUGCAAGCUUUCCAGCAGCCGGUCGUGGCGGCAGACGAAGACGCCGCGGUGGUCCCAGAGCAGGCGGUGCAAGGCUUCAAGCAGCCAGGGCUUCCCGAGGACCCCCAGGGCGCUGGGGGUGCCGAGGCGGCGGGCGAAGACGCCGCGGUGGUCCCCGAGCAGGCGGUGCAGGGCUUCAAGCAGCCUGUCGUGGCGGCAGGCGGAGACGCGGGGGGGGUCCCUGGGCAGGCGUCGCCGCCCGAGGCUGAUCCGGUGGACCCGACGACCCUAGCGGCGGACGCGGCUUUGCCUGGUUGAUCACCCACUGACGUGGCUGACCCGGCGGGCGCCGGCCGGAUUUGCAGAAGUUUUGCAGUGUUGUGGCGGGUCGCGGGCAGCUGUCCAGAAUCUCGAAUGAUUACCGAGGGUCGGCGUGAGCGUUCGCUUGCGACAGUCGGACUCCGGCAGCCGAGAGUGCAAAGUGCACAGUCUCAGCACCUGGGAGGCACGUCUCGGGCCCCAGUGUUGCUCGCCAAGCUGGGCCGCGCGCGCUCUUUGCAGGCCUUUUCGAGGGGGGCUAUCUGGUUGCCCUUCCAUACUCCAUGUCUGGUCCAUCUCCAUGGGCCGCGGCGCCAGUGGGCAAAGAUUCUCACGGUGGCCCCGCUGGCCCAUUUUUGUGGUGCAGAAGUGUGUGGGGGGUCAUUUGUUUUGGUGUCGGCAGGCCCGCUGUCUCUCGCUCCCCUUGCCGACCCUCCCCCACCGCCCUGGCCGCCACGUGCGAGCGGCAUCUGGAAUACAGUUGCAAUCCUCCCUGGUUACUGGAAGUCUUUAGCCUUCUGCCUACUCGCUUUCUUGCUACACAGCGUUGCGUGAGCCUGUGGGUCUGUGCACGCUGCUGCAGUGCACCUCAACUUUGCAUGAGUCGGCGGAGGCUGGGAGGCGGGCUGGCGGGCACGCCGCCACGACGCGUGGAGCGCGCACUCUGCAGGCCACGGCCUUGUCGCUGCUCAUUCUCUCUGUAAAGGUAGCGCUUGGUGCUGCUCGACCAAGGGAUAGCUGCACAAGCAGGAAUUUGCAUCCUUCCUAUAGUCUAAUCGCUUUGUGCAGGUAGUGCUUCCGUUCGUUUUCCCAUUUGCCACCAGCGAGGCCAGGCGAACUGGCAGAGAGUCAGGUGAUGCUGCCAGUGAGGGCAAGCACAGGGACUCGACAACACGAGCACAAUCUCCGCUCUGGUGUUAGCAGGGCAUCGAACCUCCACGGGUGGCGGACGAGGGAGGAGGAGGCCGCGGG